AUUAAAAGUGUAUUAUUUUAAAAAAAAAUCGCCAAAUGCGGUACGAACGCCACACCACACUUCUCUAUCUGCCUAUGCUUGCUUAAGCAAAACACAAAGCCAGUUUACCUGCAGCCAUGAAGACCAGCGGCGCCGCCAUCCUGAUGAUGAUGCUCUCGCUCACGGCGGCGGCCCUCCAUGCCGCCGAUGCCACCGUCGUCGCUGACGUGGAUAUGGACAUUAUCCGCCUCCCGAGCGACGGCGACGAAGGAAGCCUUGUCGCUGGCCAGGUAAUGGUGGUUGCUGCGACGGACGCAGUGGAGGAAGAGAAGAAGGGAAAACAGGACGGGGCAACGGCGGCGGAGAGGGAGAACGCCGGUGGCGUCGUCAACGAGGAGGUGCGACCGUGGGCGUGCUGCAACGAGACCCUGUGCACCAAGUUGUACCCGCCGACAUGCCGCUGCCUGGACAUGGUCGACCGGUGCGCCGGCGCCUGCCGGCAAUGCGAGCCGUCCACUUUGAACCCGUCCCGCCUCGUCUGCAACGACGAGUACAAAGGACUCCCCGGACCCACUUGCUCCGAGGAUGACAAGGACUACCCAAGCGGCGCCCAUGGACGUAGCUCUCCGUCGCUCGGCGCUGUCGCACAGUUACUGUUAGCGUUUGUAGUCGUGUUCUUUAUCCACAGUCAUUACUAGCAUGUCGCCUCGCGUGUGCGUGAGUUUAGUCGCGAGUCGCGAACUGGUCGCGUUAUCUCUUCGCGGAUCAUGGCGUAAAUUUGGUAGUAACCAUGUUUGACCUGGCCGUUUGCUUGGGUGCCAAAUAUGAAGGGAACAGAAUAAUACAACCAA